AUGAGCUAUAGCUCGAUUCCUGGCCUCUCCGAGGAUUCCGACUUUAAAGAUACAAGUCACAAGACAAGUAGCGUGCCAUCCUCCAACGCUAAUUCCAAUCGCAUGGAUCAAUCAUCGUUAAGCCAACUCCAUGGAUCUACAUCUACUGUUUUAUCAAAAGGCGGAUCAGAUUCGCCACUAGAGGCUCAUAAUGAAAGUCGCCAUGCCUGCUCUUCCAAAGGGUUCAGUGGGAGCGCAUCUGCCAGUUCAAUUAAUGAAAUGGAAUACACAUCAUCACCCCUUGGGAAAAUUGGUGUUUGCGCUCUAGAUGUGAAGGCACGCAGCAAACCCAGCCAAAACAUUCUGACCCGUCUUCAGUCAAAGGGUGACUUUGAAGUUAUCGUUUUUGGGGACAAAGUAAUCCUUGACGAAGCUGUUGAGAACUGGCCUGUUUGCGACUUCUUAAUUGCCUUCUUCUCUGAUGGCUUCCCAUUGGAUAAGGCCAUUGCCUAUGCGAAGCUCAGGAAACCUUUCUGUGUCAACGAUUUACCGAUGCAAAAGGUCUUAUGGGAUCGACGGCUUUGCCUGAAAAUACUAGACCAUAUGGGCGUUCCGACUCCAAAAAGAAUGGAGGUGAAUCGUGAUGGCGGUCCUACUUUAGAAUCUGUCGAGCUUGCGCAGCAUGUGUAUAGGCUAACAGGUGUUAAACUUGAGGGUCCUGAUGAUGGGACUGGAGGGGGUGCGCCCCGGACUCAAAGCGUUUCCUUAUCUGAAGACGGAGAGACUUUGGUUAUUGACGGAAAGGCUUUGAAAAAGCCGUUUGUUGAAAAACCAGUAAACGGAGAGGACCAUAAUAUCCAUAUCUAUUUUCCCAAUGAUCAGCAAUACGGAGGAGGUGGUAGGAGGCUUUUCCGAAAAGUUGGGAACAAGAGUUCUGAAUAUGAUCCGAGCUUAGUUGUUCCCAGAUCGAUAGCGGAAACCGGGACCAGUUAUUUGUAUGAGCAGUUUCUGAGGGUGGAUAAUUCCGAAGAUGUCAAGGCCUAUACAGUUGGACCCGAUUUUUGCCAUGCAGAAACGCGCAAGUCUCCUGUGGUUGAUGGGCUUGUGCGCCGCAAUACCCACGGGAAAGAACUCAGAUACAUAACUAAACUGAGUAAAGAGGAGGCUGGCAUCGCCUCGAAAAUCUCAAAUGGAUUUGGCCAAAGAAUUUGUGGCUUUGACAUGCUCCGCGUCGGAGAAAGGAGCUAUGUCAUUGACGUUAAUGGUUGGAGUUUUGUUAAAGAUAACAAUGAUUAUUAUGACAGGUGCGCGCAAAUAUUGAGAGAUAUGUUUCUAAACGAAAGGCAACGGUGUGAAGAGGCCUUGGGAUCUCUGGAACCCCCCUCUCCCGAUCUAAGUCAAUCCAAGAAGAGCGCGUCUCACCGGCAUACUUUGAAGACUUUACUCAAGUCGCCCAGUGUAUCGAAAAUCCAUGGCAACCAGCAAAGUCAUGAUGGCAAUGAGACUGUACCGAUGGAGUUGAUUACUGCGGAGGCUUUCCCUCCAUCGUCUGAUGCCGGCGGCACAGACCAUGCACAUAUUCAUGUUAACCAGAACGCCAAAGAACGAGUCACCAGCUCCUCUAACACCAUAUCGCCUGCCGUAUCAAUGCGCUUUCCUACCGAUGGUGUACCCCCGCCACCCCCUGCUUCUAAACACUCUUGGAAGUUGAAGGGUAUGGUGGCGGUCAUCAGGCAUGCGGACCGUACGCCGAAACAAAAAUUCAAGUUCACGUUCCAUAGUCAACCAUUUGUUGACCUAUUGAAGGGUCACCAGGAGGAAGUAGUUAUCAAAGGAGAAGUGGCAUUGGCGAGCGUUUCAGAUGCUGUCAGAGUUGCGAUGCGAGAAGGGCUUGAGGAUAUGGAUAAGCUCAAAUUGCUUCGCACGUCACUCGAUAAAAAAGGGGGCUGGCCUGGAACGAAGGUACAGAUUAAACCGAUGUUCCGAAAAAGAAAACCGGAGGAAGUAAGUGGGCAGGCACUGCCCACUGAUUUAACACCGUCUCGGGCUGAGGGGCCCCACGAAGAACCCAUAUCUCCCGUUGCGAAGGAGGCGUCACCAGCAAAUGAAAACCCUAACAGGUCACAAGCCCGGAGCGACUCCAUAUCUGGCGCAACUUUCUCUAGGUUCUCAGCAGUUGAAAAUGAUCUCAUUCUGGACAAACUUCAACUUGUCAUCAAAUGGGGAGGGGAGCCAACGCACGCAGCUCGUUAUCAAUCACAGGAUCUCGGACUCAACAUGCGAGAUGACUUGAAGUUAAUGAACAAGGAAGCAUUGAGCAACGUCAGGAUUUUCACAAGCUCGGAGAGGAGAGUGAGCACUAGUGCUCAAAUCUGGGCCAGCUCAUUCCUUGAUCAAAAGGAAUUACCAGAGGAUUUUAUCAGAGUACGCAAAGAUCUCCUGGAUGAUUCCAAUGCUGCAAAGGACCUCAUGGACAAGGUCAAAAAGAAGUUGAAACUACUCCUACGAGAAGGGUCUGCCCCUUCGCAAUUUGCCUGGCCAAAGGAUAACAUCCCUGAGCCUUCUGUUGUUCUUGCUACCCUUGUUGAAUUGAUGAAAUUCCAUAGAAGCAUUAUGAGACACAAUUUCCAAAGGUUGGAUAGCUUCUCUCGUCAAACUUCUGCCGACUCGUCUCAUGGCCCGGAGAACCCUACUGCCCUUGAUCAGUUUGAUUCGCACACGGACAAUGCUGCCUUGGCUUCGAUCCAGGGGCGAUGGUGCGCGGGAGAGGAUCCUAUGCUUUUCAAAGAACGAUGGGAAAAACUUUUUGCUGAAUUCUGCGACACAGAGAAAGUCGAUCCGAGUAAGCUCUCGGAACUCUACGACAGUAUGAAGUUUGAUGCAUUGCAUAAUCGACAAUUCUUAGAAUGGGUAUUUAUGCCCCCAGAUGAUUGCGACGAAGAGGGAAAGGAUUGUGGGGAUAAACGGCCUGCACAGGAAGGGGAUCAUCUUGAAAACAUCGGCGAGCCUUCAGAAAGCUCGACAUUUGCGCAUCGAUUCGGCUUGAAGAAGCGAGCCCGUGCAUUUGAAUCAAUGCCGCAUCUUAGAGCACUCGAUGAAACCUAUGAUCAUUAUUUCAAACUUUAUCCAGGCUCUAGUCCUGUCAAAGCAAAAUUGGACGGGAGGCUUUCAAAACUGCGCGAAUUAUACAAGCUGGCCAAGGUCUUGUUCGACUAUGUGACUCCUCAGGAGUAUGGGAUCACAGACUCCGAGAAAUUAGAAAUUGGGUUAUUGACAUCGCUGCCUCUUCUUCAAGAAAUUGUCCGAGAUCUGGAAGAAGUGCAGGCCUCACAAGACGCGAAGUCCUUCUUCUAUUUCACAAAGGAGUCUCACAUUUAUACCUUGCUCAAUUGCAUUUUAGAAGGUGGCAUCCAGACGAAAAUCGCAAGGAGCGCUAUUCCAGAACUCGAUUAUUUGUCCCAGAUUUGCUUCGAGCUUUAUGAAGCGAGGGAUAGUGAGUCAUCCACCAACUCAUAUUCCAUUCGCAUUUCCAUCAGUCCCGGCUGUCAUGCUUUUGAUCCUCUUGAUGUGCAGCUUGAUUCAAGGCAUGCCAUUGGUUGUGCUCCAAGAAGGAGUUUGACUGCCCAUCAAGAUUGGAAAGAAGUUAUUGAAACCCUCAAGGCCAAGUUUGACACGUAA